AUAUGUGUCGUGCGCGCAGGAGCUGCAGGAGCAGUGCCUGCGGCUGCGCGAGCAGGUGCUGGUGUGCCGGCUGGGCGCGGAGCGCGCGGCGGCCGCGGAGGGGGAGGCGCGGGGGCAGCUGGCGCACCACACGCGCGCGCUGCACCAACACGACGCGCUGCUGGCGGAGCAGGCGCGGCAGCUGCAGCGGGCCAGGUGCGUGUCGCCCUGUACUUGUGUGGCAGCGAUACGACGAGUUUGUGACGAUAUAUCGUAUCACAGGGAGGAGCUGGACCGCCUGCAGACCGAGCGCGAGCAGAUGCAGGAACUCGGCGACAAGCUGCGACACUCCAACGACCUCAUCGAACGCCUGCUCGAGGACAAGAAACGUCUUCAGUCUGAGAUGUUGGAAUUGCGCGGGCGCGUGUCCGUGCUGCAGCAGGAGCUGGACAACAGUGAGAAGGUCCAACAGGACUUCGUUCGACUAUCACAGUCGCUUCAGGUGCAACUGCAACGGAUCCGCGAGGAGGAUACAGAGGUGCGGUGGCAGCACGACGAUGACGUCACCGAGUGCCCAUCCUGUCAUCAACACUUGCCCAACACUAAGAAGAAGGUGCACUGUCGCCACUGCGGGCGCAUAUUCUGCGCGUCGUGCGUGGCCCACGAGGUGCCCAGCGGGCCCCGGCGCGCCCCCGCCCGCGUGUGUACAGUGUGCCGCACGUUGCUGCAGCCCCACGCCGCGCCCUACUUCAGCACGCAGCCCCCGCACACGCCCGACUAGUGGACGCGGCGUAACAGAUACUCGCCUGUCGUAUCGUAUAAUAAAUUAACGUUUCGUGCCUCAUAGAUAUCUAGAGCAGAUCACGGACUAUCGCGUUCAUGUUGAGUUACACAAAUGAGAAUAUAUUAAGGUAUCGGACGAUGGAGUGUGUGGAAAUAUUCCGACAUGAUCUGUCGUUUAAUGCUAAGUUCCAGUGGCUGUGAACGUUAAAUUACACACGUUUAAUGUCGUCCCGCUCUACCGCGUCGGUCACUCUCUUUCUCGCUCCUUAGCAGGACAUUUUGUGAUCAUUAGGACUUAAGUAUCUCGUUGAUAAGUUGCGUAGUAUUGAUAUAAAAAGUCCAUUUUCAAAAUUGUUAUAUAUGUCUCUUCCAUUUUCCAUAUAAAUAACAGUACCAAACACGUAGAAUAGCUUAUAAUUACAUACAACAUAGUAUAUGGAUAGAAUUUUCGAAACAUAAACAUUUCUAAAUACUAAUAGGAAUUGAAGAAAACUCAAAACAAUCAAAAAUAAAAUGUUGACUUGUCAUUUGUCCUGCCGGAUGUUAUCUGUCUAAACUUGGUUUAUUUCAAUAAGUGUAGCACCACAAAUGAGACCAAGAAAUAACACAAUUUCAUUUUUAAAUCUAUCAUCACUCUUCAUAUAAAAACCAGGAUAACUAGCAAGUCAUUCAACUUUAAUAAUUGUCUACUUGUUUAUAAACUUUUAGCAUUACAGUUUUAUGCCAUUGCAUAA